AUGGAUGCCAACGAUGUUUAUAAAUCAAUGUCUCUUCGCGUCAGCGAUUUCAGUUCAUUACCAAAGCGAAUGCUAGCACCAAUUGAAGGCUACGAGAACGCGCCACUUGUAUCAAUUGAAGACGCAGUUAAGCCACUAGUUAAAAUCGUACCAAAAGUCGAACGUAAUGUACACAUUAUCAAACAGAACUGUAAAAACCCAGCAGAUGGUUUAACAACUGAUGAAUCUGCUUCAAUUAUGCUCUAUACACUUCAUAUAAUACAAGUUAAAGAAACAGAUCCAACAUAUCUAUUACUUGAACCAGUUCCUGUAUCUCCAAAGAAAUCUUCAGUGAUCUUCGAUGUCAUUUGGCUUGAUGCUAAUGUGGAUGAUAAGGCAAUUCGAAUUACAGAACAAAAAUUGGCUUCUAAUAUUAAUCGUUUCAAGAAGUUUCAAGAUGGAGCCAAAUGUCAGAAAUAUAUUGAAGGACGAUCAGAAAAAGAUCGGCUAGUAAUGAUUGUUAGCGGCCAAUUGGGAAGAGAAAUAGUGCCUUCUGUUCACAACCUUCAACAAGUGAUGUCAAUAUAUGUAUAUUGUAUGAAUAAAGAAAUUAAUGAAAAAUGGGCUAGCAAAUAUACAAAAGUGAAAGCUGUUGUUGUUCAACUUGAUGAACUUAUUUCUCGAAUUAUGACUGAUCAUAACAUUAAGAAAACGAUAGAAGGACCAUUAUCAACCAAUAGUGUUACUGCACGUGCUGAAGCAGGAAAGCUUGACAAUGUCGUUGAUGAUGAAGCAUUAAAAUUAGCCAAGCAUGAAAUAAUACGCGCUCUUGAUUUGGAAGAACAUGAAACAAAAGAUGAAAUUAUUAAUGAUUUGUUAGAAAAUGGUCUCCGAUCAUUGUCCAAGUACGAAGAAGAGCUUCUACCAUAUAUCUAUGCAGCAGCACUAAAUGAAAAGGAUGGCAAAUUGAGGAAAUCUCUGAAAAAAUAUAUAGAACUACAAUGGAAAAUAAAAUAUGGUCUUUCCAAUCAAUGGUUUAUGAAAUUUUUAGAAGAUCAUAAAGAUACUGUCAAUUAUAACUCUGUUUUGAAUCGUACAGCUAUAUAUGGGAAUAAGUGGGAGAAUAAGUGGCUGAAAGAUUUUCCAAUAUUAUCGAUUGUUUUGCAACUUCUAUUUGAAGGUAUUGAUGACAAAUUUUUCGAUGAAACAAAUGCAUUCAAUGAUUUAUGGCAUACAAUAACCGAUGGUGGUUUAAAAUCUAUAGAAAAAUUUUCUAACUAUAUGAAUGAAAGUACAAUGCUUAAGCUAAUAAAUAAAAAGCAACCGGUAUUAUUUCAAGCUUUACGUGAAUACUAUCGUCCAAAAUUAUUUAAAUUAUUGGAGAAAAGUCAAAUCCCAGAUAAAGACAAUUUCUAUGAAGUAGCAUUAGAUAGCGUUGCUGAAUACGCAAAUGCAUACAAAAUGCAAGGUAAACUUGAUUUGAUUGAAUAUCUUGGUUCUUUUUAUCCCUUUGAUACGAAAAUACUAUUACAGUAG